AGCCCCGGCCUCCCGUUCCUCCUCUCCGGCGACCACAAGAAGCAAAAGAGUUUGUCCCUACGCAGGCACACAAGGCAUCCAUCCGUUCCUCGGUUCCUAAGUCAGCAGGGUUUGUUCAUCGACGGUCGUUCCUUUCGUCGUCGCCGGCAUGCAGCGGAGCAGCUCGUUCGGGACGUCGUGGGCGGACCAGUGGGACACCGGCGCCGACCCGAGCCCGCGGGCGCGCGGCGGCGGCAACGGUGGCGGCGACGGCAAGAAGGGCGGCGUGGAGAAGACCAAGGCGGCCGCGGCCACCGGGCUGAAGAAGGUCAAGGCCGGCACCGCGCAGGGGUUCCAGUGGAUCAAGGACAAGUACCAGAAGAAGAGCGCCGGCAAGAGCGGCAAGCAGGGCGGCGGCUCCGAGGUGGCCGCCGGGUACUGACCGGUCAUCUGAGACGUUUGGAUAUGUAUGGAAUCGUCAUGGACCGAUGAUGUUCUUAUGAUUCAUAAAUUCUAGAACUUUUUCUAAUCCCAACUAAAAAGUCUCUAGUGUUUAAAAAGUUCCUUCCUAU